CCCCUCCUUGAACUCACCCCUAAAAGAGACGAUCCUCCUUCUUGUGUUCACAACACAACAUAACUUCCCUUUCCCUCCUUCUCUCAAAGCAAAGCCAAACCCACUGCUCUCUCGGUCCUGUCUUUGUUUUGUUUUUGUUUGUUUCUGUAUACAAACAAUCCUUAUUGUUUGUUGCUAUUAUAGUAUGACUGGUAUCGUUCCAAACAACAACUUUUCCUGAGAAAACAAAAGGAAAUAUAAGUUUCUUGUUUGUUUUUUAUAAAACCCUAAAGAAGAAGUAAAGAGAAAAUAUGGCAUCACCUUCUGGACUAUCCCUUGACUGCAAACCUCACAGUUAUUCUAUGUUGUUGAAAUCAUUUGGGGAUCAGCAUAUUGAUCAAACCCAGAAGCUUGAAGAAUUCCUUUCUCGUCUUGAGGAAGAACGCCUUAAGAUCGACGCUUUCAAGCGUGAGCUUCCCCUUUGCAUGCAGCUUCUAACCAAUGCCGUGGAGGCUUCAAGGCAGCAACUACAUGCAUGCCGAACGAAUCAAGGAUCAACGCCAGUUCUUGAAGAAUUCAUACCCCUCACGAACUCAAGCUCCGAGAAUUCAGACAAAUCGCAAAACAUAUCCGAUAAAUCAAACUGGAUGAUGAGUGCACAGCUAUGGAGCCAGGCGGGAAACGAAACGAAACCGCUGUCCACAAUCACGUCCCCUAAAGAAACUGAUAUCGGUUUCAGUGUUAGUCCCAAGUUGGCCUCAGAUACCAAGCAGAGAAAUGGAGGAGCUUUCCUUCCAUUCUCCAAAGAACGAAACUCGAGCCCUGGUUCGACUUUGCAAGCUCUUCCGGAGCUAGCUCUUGCCUCUGUCAAUAAAGAUAUGGAAGACAAGAAAAGCUUGGAAAGCACUGAAAAUGAUUGUCAACGGAGAGAGAACUCAGGUAAAGUUGGGAACGGGGGAGCUUUGGUUGAGCAAGCCAAAGGAACCAGCUGUAACGCAGCUGAUGGGCAAACAACCAAUAAUAGUAAUGCUAGUACAAAUGGUAGUCAACCUCAUAGGAAGGCUAGGCGGUGCUGGUCACCUGAUUUGCAUAGGAGAUUUGUCAAUGCUCUCCAGAUGCUUGGUGGUUCUCAAGUUGCCACUCCAAAACAAAUAAGGGAGCUGAUGAAGGUUGAAGGUUUGACCAAUGAUGAAGUGAAAAGCCAUCUACAGAAAUAUAGGUUACAUACGAGGAGACCAAGUCCAAGUCCGCAAGCACCAGGAGCCCCAACACCGCAGCUUGUAGUCCUAGGUGGCAUAUGGGUUCCACCAGACUAUGCCACUGCCGCUGCAGCUGCUCACGGUGGGGCUCCCACUCUUUACGGCGCUCACCACCCGGUUGCUUCCCAUGCCCCACCUCACUUCUGUGCAUCACCUGUGCCCCAAGAAUUCUACACUACGGCGGCCGCUGCAACGCCAGCUCUAAAUUCACCCCAGCUGCACCACCACACCCUCCAGCAUCAACUCCACAUGUACAAGGCCACCUCACAGGCCCAUAGCCUGCCGGAUCCCGAAAUGAGGGGAGGAGGAGAGCGGUCCGAGAGCAUUGAAGAUGGCAAAUCUGAGAGCAGCAGCUGGAAAGGUGAGAGCGGAGACAACGGUGGCGGUGGUGGAGAGCAAAGAAAAGGAUUAGCUGCACUGAGAGAGGAAGGUGAAGAAAGCAAUGGAAGUGAGAUCACUCUCAAAUUCUAACAGUUUUAACGUUUAGGGUUAGGUCUCGGUAUCCAUGUAAUUCUCUGCAUAAUCAUAUGCUAUUAUUUUGAAAAGAAAAAAUAUAUAUGUGAAAUAUGAAGGGAGGGUAAAAAGGGCAUAAAGAAAAGUGAAAGUUUGUUUUGUUGUUUCCAUCUGCGCUUAAAAUGUCAAUUCGGGAAAAGUUUGAACAUUGGAUUAUAUGUUUUUUGGCGUUUUC